AUGACAUCCCCAAUGUUAGCUUUCUAUGUGACAUCUCUACUCUUGGGUACUUCAGUUCAAUUGGCAGCUUUGAAGCUAUCACCAUCUUUAAAUUUUAAAGUUGUUAAUGCUGGUCAGGACGUGACUUUAAAUUGUUCAUUCAAUUUAAGUACAGUUGCAGUGAUGUUUUACUGGUAUAAGCAACCUCUGGGACAGAAACCACAGUUGGUGUCAAAAUUCUAUAAGCAUGACAAAAAUGGCACUUUCAGUGAUGAAUUUAAGAAUGAGCCCCGCUUUGAACUGGAAACUGUGGGUCGUAAAAACCAUUUGAAGAUCUCAAAGGUGCAAACGUCGGACUCUGCUACCUACUACUGCAUAAGUGGCUAUUCAUACGUGUAUGAAUUUUUGGAGGGGAUUAUUAUCGAAGUAAAGGAUUCAAGUUUGGUUUUCCAAGCUUCAGUUCAUCAAUCAACAAAUGAGAUCAUCCAGUCAGGAGGCUCUGUUACGCUGAACUGUACAGUACACACUGGGACCUGUGAUCAAGAACACAGUGUGUACUGGUUCAAAAACUCUGAAGAAUUUCACCCAGGACUCAUUUACACCCAUGGAGGCAGAAAUGAUCAAUGUGAGCAGAAUCCCACGGCACAGAUCCAAACCUGUGUGUACAACCUGCCAAUGAAGAGCCUGAAUCCGUCUCAUGCUGGGACUUACUACUGUGCUGUUGCUUCAUGUGGACACAUAUUGUUUGGAAACGGGACCAAGCUGGACAUUGAGGAAGAGUGGUCAUCUCUUGUCUAUGUGUAUGUCUUGGGUGGGGCUUUGGCAUUCAACUCCAUCCUCUUGGUUUUCCUGGCUUACGCAGCCUAUUCAAUGUACAAGGCAAAAUGCUGCAAAUGCACAGACCCUCAUGCAGGGCCUUCAGGGGCCUCGGUUCCAAAUGCAGAGACAUACCAACAUGCAGACCAUCUCCAUUAUGCUGCUUUGAAGGAGAACAAGGCCACCAGAUCAAGAAGGCAGAGAGAGGACACCGUCAGUGAAUGUGUUUAUUCCAGUGUAAAGGAAUAG